CUCGGAAAUGACUUCAGUUACAAGAUCACCAGAACAGAGAGACGUUAAAGGGCUGCCUUUAGGUGUAGGAAACUACAUUGUGGGCGCUGAAAUAGGUCGGGGGUCUUUUGCAAGCGUUUAUAAAGGUUAUAAUAAGAAAACACACGAGACUGUUGCUAUUAAAUCCGUGCUGAAAUCUAAAUUAACAAAAAAGUUAUUUGAAAAUUUGGAGUCUGAGAUACAAAUUCUUAAAGGAAUUCGACACGAUCAUAUUGUUCAAUUAGUUGAUUGUAAGAAAUCAGAUACCCAUAUUCACUUAAUUAUGGAAUUUUGUUCUAUGGGUGAUUUGUCAAAUUAUAUAAAAAGACGUGGCGAUGUAAGUAGUAUCGCCACAACCGAUUCAAGUGCACCCCCAUUGAAACCUACUACGAAUGGCCUAAACGAAUAUGUCGUUCGUCAUUUCCUAUUACAACUAGCAAACGCGCUGGAGUUUCUAAGAUCACAGAACCUAAUACAUCGUGAUAUCAAACCUCAGAAUCUAUUGCUGCUGCCACCACCUACUGAUAAACAAAAAGGGCAUAUUGUUGGCUCACCUGAUCUUCCAAUUUUAAAAAUUGCAGAUUUUGGUUUUGCCCGUAUAUUGCCAUCCACUAGUUUGGCAGAGACAUUAUGUGGUUCGCCACUUUAUAUGGCUCCGGAAAUAUUACGUUAUGAAAAAUAUGACGCUAAAGCUGAUCUUUGGAGUGUUGGUGCUGUUUUAUAUGAAAUGGGUGUUGGUAAACCUCCAUUUAUAGCUCAAAAUCACGUAGAAUUAAUAAGAAAAAUUGAAAAACGCGGGGAUAAAAUUAAAUUUCCUAACGAGUCGUCCGGAAUUAUACAAACAGGAUAUACUCAAUUGGAUUCAACAAAGUCAUCUUUAAAUAAUAAAGCAUCUUCACAUAAUGGUGGAACAUACCCAGUUAUUAGCGAAGAACUUAAAGAUUUAAUAAGACAUUUGUUGAAACGUAACCCCGUAGAACGUAUCUCAUUUGAGGAGUUCUUUAUGCACCCUUGUGUAACAGGUAGAUUAGAACCUUUGCAACCAAGGUCGUCUAAUAAAACAUUUCAUUCAAAAGAAAGAUCCGGUCAUGAUUCAAAACUCAAAGGUAUUAAUAUGAUAAACACCCAGGAUAAUGAACUAAAAGCGCAUGUUAGGGAUAGGUCAAAAUCAUCCCCAGCUCCAGUGAUAUAUCAAGAGAUUUCUAAUAAUCAAUUGAGAAAUCCACAAAUUCACACUAAACCUAAUUUUUCCCGUAAAGAUUAUGACAUACAGAAAGGGAAUUUAGUGGAUUAUAUUAAUCCUUUACAAAGAAAAACUUCUAAGGAUAAUCGAAGCACUAAAUAUUCAGGCACAACAACAACAGGAAUAACAAAAAACGUUGACAAUAAUAACCUUCAGGUUAAUACAGAUUUGCAACCACCAUAUGAUAAUUCAUCACCAUCUCCUUCCUUGUUAGUGCAAAAACCUUCGACUGAAGAAGUAACAAACAAAAAGCGAAUUGAUGAAAAUGAAACUUUAACCAGUCGAUCAAAUGGAGAAGAAUUAACUGGUUAUGAAUUUGAAAGAGAAUAUGUUCUUGUUGGAUCGAAACGAACGGUAGAAGUUAAUGCAUUAGCAGAUGAAUUCAAUGCCGCAUCACCAAAAGGGUUAGCACAUACAUAUGGAAAUAAAGGUACUGCUAUUGUAUUGGCUGGACCUUCAAAUCAAUUAGAUAUUCAAUAUCGAACAACGCCUCCGAAUGCAAAUACUUCAGCAUCUUUCUUUUUUUCGACGACACCACCUUUCGCUUUGCCUAUUUCUGUAGGUCAUGAAAGGGCUAAUUCUUCUGGUAAUGCCAAUAGCGCGUUAUCGGCUCUUGAAAGGGCUUUAUCUGUUGCGUCAGGUCGUUUGUUUGGAACGGGCAAUUCACCUCCAUCUUGGAGCGAGAAAUAUUCAAAACAAAAAGGAAACGCUAUUGUAAUUCCUUCUUCUGAAUUGAGCGAUCCCGCAGAGGAAGCAGUCGUUAAAACGAUAGAAGAUCAUGCGCACAAAGCUUAUGUUAUUUUCCAGUUUGCUAGUACGAAAUUUAAUCAGCUUCUACCACCACCACCAUCUGCUAGCAACGACAUGGUGGAUGAUAUGCCUGUCUCAGAAGAAGUAGCUGCAAUAAAAGCGGAAGAGGCGUUUGUUUUGUACCUAAGGGCAUUGUCUUUUUUGCAGGCAGCCAUGGAUAGUGCUAAAGAAUAUUGGACAAAUGGAGAAAAGAAUACAAAUUAUCCUGGCGGAAAAAGAGCUUCUCCAAGAUUAAUUGCUGCUGUACAAUGGGUUCGUGAAAAGUUUAAUGUAUGCCUUGAUAAGGCAGAAAUCGCUAAAUCUAGGUUUCCCAUAGAGGAAAAGUCGACUAGUGUCAGCGUAGAGAGACUUCUUUAUGACCGAGCACUUGAAAUGAGUCGUCAAGCAGCUCUUAGAGAAUUGGUUGGUGAAGACUUACCUGGAUGUGAAAAAGCAUAUCAAUCAGCUAUUUAUAUGUUAAAUGGCAUUCUGGAGACACCUACAGACUAUGAAAAGAUCGAAAAGAUCGAAGAAGACGAUCGAAAGAUUGUAAAUGGAUGUAUGUAAUAUUGUUGAUCUUGUUAUUUAAGUAAUUUAUAUACUCUGUACUCUAAGUUAUUUUUUUUCACCAAACGAACAGAUAUUAAGGAAAUCAACAAACGAUUAAGCUCAUUACGAAAGAAAUUGACUAAUCCAGAAAUUCCAGUCGUUACAGGUCAAAAUGAAAGUCCCGGAUAAUAAUUAACAGGAUUAAAUAAAAAAAUAUCGAUGGAUGAUUUCAAGCCAACAAUUUAUAUUAUUUGAGAUAAGGUAGGUUUUACACUAAGCAGUAAACUUGAACAUUUCACAUUUGAAACAUUUUAAGAAUGGGCUGAAAACCAUUAAAUUAGCCGUAUCCCAUUUGAUUGAAAGUUACAACUUAUUCCCCCUUUUUAGAAAUUAAAUCAUGAAUUAAUAAAUAAUCGUACUGUAAUUAUAUUGUUAAAAUUAGAAUUAUUUAUUAAAUUGAAUAAAUUGCCUUAAA